UCGUCUUUUGUCCCAAUACCCACCAAAAGGGCUUGCGAUCGACACACGGCGUAUUUACGUGGAUGGCUGGACGCCAAUUGAACGGAAGUUUGAAUUUGCUAAGUGUUGCAAAAAUUUUGUGAAAAUUUACGGGAAAAAGGGGUAUUUAUAUAGAAUUAGGAAAAAAAGAGAAUUUCUCGCGAUAAAAAUCCAUUUGAAACACCAUCACACACACUCAGGGAAUUUUCCACGAGCCGAGUUAUAAAAUGUUGCGGCGAUAGUGAGAAACGGAGUUCGGCUACAGCCGCUACGAACGAAGUUCCAGUGACUCAACAGGUGUGAUUCGAAGAGGUAGUGCCUUUUCAGAAAUUGUCUGCGCGAAACGCCAUCAAAGUGAAAAGUGGUGCAAGAGUGUGGAAGUGGAAAAUAAAAAAUUGGACAAUACAUCGCGUUCCAUUUUGCUGCAGCACAAAAGAGCCCUUUGUUCUUAAGGAGGGUGGGUUUAAGUCGGACAUUCAACUUGUUGUCAAGUGGAACUAUUGCACUGAUAAUUGGAUAUUUUCACCCACAAGGGAAGAAUGGGGCGCCAAAUAUGGCUGCUGGUAUUUUUCGUGACCAUUGCGGUCACGAAAGGCCUAGCGGAGCAAUCAACUGAAGCUACGGAAGCCACAAAGAAGGAGGAGCCCGCACUCACGCGUGAUCCCAAGAUUCCACUAGCUAGUGAUCCCAUGUUCAACAAGAUGCUACCUUCAAUUGCUCCAAUAAUUAGCGAUAAUUCCGUAACAGAAUCAUCAGAGAAGAAGGAGGUUCCAUCUUCAUCAACUGCUGCUCCAGUUGCAAAGAAGGACGAAACAAGCGGAUCAGACAAUGACUCCGUUAACGAAGAAGACGACGAUGAUUGGGAUGACUACGACAGUGAAUACUAUGAUGAUUCAGAUGAAGACUACUACAGCUCGCAGGAGACCUCGUCCAGUACCCCGAAGCAGGACAAAUUGAAACUUACCCCAAUCAAGGGAGACGAGAAUGCAAAGAAUACGAUUGAGGAUGAUUUCGACAGCUAUGAGUAUGCUGACAGUGUCGACGACGUCAAGAUUCCCUGCCCAAGGGAUUGCGUGUGUGAGAAGAACAUGAACAGCUACAUCGUGGCCACGUGUAGUCGCCUCGAUAGCGAAGUUCAAAAGUUCAGCUCUGACAUUACGGAUCUUCAGGUCAUCGAUGUGGGUCCAAAGUACCCAAUUGUGCUGGGAGAGGAAUUCUUCCUCAAAGUUGGCCUCAAAUCCCUCGUUUCCAUCAAGAUCUCAAAUUGCACAAUCAGCUUCAUUGCUCCAUCAGCCUUCAAGGGACUAACCAAUCUCUAUUCAGUCAACUUCACAAACACCAACCUCAAUCUCCUGCAUCCAGACACAUUUGCCAAUAACACCAAAAUGCGUCUCCUUACGCUGGCUGGUAAUGAUCUCAGUGCCAUGCAAGAGAAGCCUUCUCCCUACACCAAUUACAUGCUAAAGUCUUCUUCAAUUGAGGAAUUGGAUCUGUCACGUUGCAACCUAAAGAGCCUCCUUCCGACAGCCUUCAACGAACUCAAGAACAUUGUCUUCAUUAAUUUGGCUGAGAAUCGUCUCACGACCUUGCCGGCAAAUCUAUUUGAGAAAGUUGAGACUAUCGAAGAACUCGAUCUCUCCUUCAAUGCCAUCGAAGACCUUCCCAAGAAGAUCUUCUCGAAGACAGCUCUGGCUAUGCUGCACCUCAAGUACAAUGAGAUCUCGACGUCCGUUGACUUUGUCACGAGUGAUCUGCAGAAGCUCGAUUUGAGCUACUGCAAAAUCCGCACAAUCAAUGGGCACAUGUUUAAGGGAUUGGAGGGCCUCAACAGCCUCAUCCUCAAGGGCAAUGGCAUCCGCAAGAUCAACCAGGCGGCCUUUAUGUCGCUUAAGAAUCUGCGUCACAUUGACUUGUCUUUCAACGAUCUCGAACAGGUGCCAGCACUCAUGUUCGCCACCAAUACAGAGCUGGACUUUGUGAAGCUCAACGACAAUCCCAGGCUCAAGAAACUCCCACAGGAUGGCUUUGAGUCCGUCACGGGAAGCUUCUCCAUCUACCACCUGGAUGUGUCCAAUUGUGACAUCAACGAGUUGGGUAUUAACACCUUCUCCACGAUGCCACAGCUGACCAGGCUAAAUCUAGCAUGGAAUAACCUGUAUACCAUCGAUAGUGGAGUCUUCAGCUACCUCAACAAACUCAAAGAUCUCGAUCUCAGCAAUAACCUCCUGGAGAAUCUUGAGGACAAUGUUUUCCUGCACAACAGACAACUCACAAAGCUCGUCUUGGCAGGAAAUGCCUUCCAGAAGGUUUCAGCAAAGGUAUUCAGCCCACUGGACAACCUCAUUGAUCUCGACAUCAGUGACUGCGACCUACGAUCCCUGUGGAGUGAUAAUUCGGUCAAGGGCAAAUCAACCAAGAUCCUCAAGCACCUUCGCUACUUGAAUGUCUCCAACAACGAAAUCAAGACCAUUCGUCGCACAGAAGUUGAGUUCCUCAGUGGACUCCGUGUGCUGGACAUCGAUAAUAAUCCCCUAAAUUGCAAUGCUGACUUCAUGACCCUCGUGACCUGGUUGACGAAGAAGAAGAUCAAGGCUGGUGAUGCAAGUCUCGAUCAAGGGAGGAGUGCUAAGUUGGAACUCCUCGUGGACUACAAGAGCGACAACCCCGAUUCAACAUGGCAGAAAAUCAUCUACAAAGCCUGCAGUCGAACCACCUACAACCCAGACUUCCCCGAGGAUGUACCCACAAGCACGGCUAAGCCGAAAGAAUUGGAAAUCCCGAAGGAAAUUAAGGAAACUAAGGAAGUAAAAGAAGUCAAGGAAGUCAAGGAAGUCAAGCCACAGAAGUCCAAACCAGUUGAUUCAACAAAGAUUAAGGAGUCUGAGAGUGAGGAUGAUGAUAACUACUACGACUCAGAGUACGAUGAUGAUCUCGAUGAGAAUGCGGAGAUGAUCAACAACGAUAAGGAUAUACAGGAGAAGGAUCUGUUCGUGAAGGAGCUGGAUAUUAUCCAGAAGAUGCAGGGUGAUCUCUUCGGUAAACCAGGCAAAGAAAGCGACGAGGAUGACGAUGAAUACGAUGAGGAAGACGAAGACGAUGAGGACGGUUCUGCCCCAACUAUGGUAUCCCGUCUCAUGAUUAUCUGGCCAAUUUUGAUUGUUGUCCUGAGUGCCCUUCUCCUCCUCAUGGUAAUUGGCAAGAUUGUGUCAUUGCUAAUGAGGAAGCGCGGUGAGAGAUACCGCCAAGCAUUGCUGGCCUCCAAGAAUUCAAUCGUCUACCAAAAACUCUCCGAAGACAUUAACAGGGGUCCACCGACUCCAAAGGUUAAUCGGUACCAGCCCAUCAAUCAAGUUUAACCUACAGCUGGAUUUUCCCGCUUCUACCCUACAUUUCCUCAAUUUUAAAUCCCUCCCCCCUCCCCCAGUUGAUGGCAGCUUCGUUUAAAUUGAAUCCUAACCCCUUCACAUUCCCUCAAAAUAUCCCUCCAAAACAGCCCUCUUUUUUAUGUAUCCUUAACGAAUUGUGUAAAUGAAGUAGAAUUUAUUUGCUCCCUUGAUUGGCCUAAGGGAGCAAUUUUAAAUGCAACUAUUAAUUAAUAUACAUUUAAACUUUAUUAUUUCAUAUAUACAAAUUAACUUACUGUAGUCCCUGAUUUUUUUUGCUAUAGUAAUUUUAGUCUUUAACAAACAUUUACUUGAAUAGAGAAAAGAAAUUAGAUGUGAAUGAGAAUUUUUUUUGUAAUUGGGAUCAAAAUGUGGCAACUUUUUUCCAAAAAAAAAAUGAAACAAACUCCAACCACCACCUUAACGUGCCAUUCCAAUUUUUUUUAAUCUGUAGAAAAGACGUAAAAAAAGAAUUCUUUGCAUGGAAGAGAAAUAAAGUGUAAAAGAAAAAAAAACUUAAUUUUCUGUCCUUAGGAAAUUGCAAUGAUUCCUGGUUGGAGUUGUAAAUGUUCUUUUUUUUUUUCUUUUGUGUUUCGCUGAAUAAAAUUUACUUAUGUUGAAUUGAGAAUAUUUAGAGCUAGUCUAAAAGUAUUUAAAUAUUUUUUGGGUUUUUUGUAUUGUCUUCGAGUGAACGUCUUGGAGAAAAUAAACGUAUUACUUAAAAGAACACAAAUAAA